AUGACAAGAAAAGUAGAGGCACCUACUUCUUUAGCUUUCUUUUUUCCUUUGUUACUCCUUUCUUUGGCACCAGGGAGAGCUGUUGCAUCUUCACAGGGACAGAAAACUUGGUGUGUGGCAAAACCUUCAUCCAACAACGCUACUCUGACCGAAAACUUAAACUAUGCUUGCUCUCAGGUGGACUGCAAGGUACUGCAGAAGGAUUGCCUUUGUUUUUACCCAGAUAACCUCAUAUCUCAUGCUUCAGUUGCCAUGAACCUCUAUUACCAAGCCCGAGGCCGAAACUACUGGAACUGCUACUUUAAGAACUCCGGGCUCAUCACGACAACUGACCCAAGUUUUGGUAACUGCAGUUACGUCUAUUAUUGA